GUGACCCUAGGGAGGGGUCAUCGGCCGCAGAGCAGGAAGCCAGGAAGGCAGCAGCAGGCGGCACAUCCUCCUCCCCUAGCUACGGCUCCUCCACCGUCUCCACUCGCCGCCCUUCUCCGCACCCGCCUCUGACCUCUCCUCGCGGGCCAAGCAGGCAAGGAGCAAAGGUGCCAAAGGAGCGAGCGAGGAGAUAGUUAGGCAGCGGCCAUCGACGGCAGCUCGCGGAAAAGCGACGGAGCAGGCAGACAUCCCAGCAGUGACGCGGCUGCAAGUUGGUUAGUGACGCGACCGCCGCAAGUUGGUCCGAAGGCGUUGCCCAGGUGCUGAGGCUUUCCUUGGUCUCUUCGCCGGCGACGAGCACCCAUCAGAAUUUCCAGCUUGCUGGGAGGUUUCACAUGGAUUGAUUAUUACUUGGCAUUAAGUUGUUCUUCAAUGGUGCAUUUCAUGGAUUUACGGGCUUUCAUCCUACGUACACAUGUCUUGAAGCUUUAUAGACAGGCAUUGCGUAUUACUCACAGAGCCCCUGUACAUGCUCGAGAUGAGUUGAGGCAGACCGCAAGGGACGAGUUUGAGAAAUAUCGCCAUUGUGAUGAUAAACAAAAGAUUAGGUUUUUGAUCAGUGAAGGGAAGCAGAGACUAAAAGGUCUUGAUGAACUGCUUGACAUGACAGGGAACAGCUAAUCUGAGUUCUCUGUCUUUGCUUCUGUAAUCAGCUUGUUCCAGAAUCCAAAUAACUAAAUUCCAUUUUUUAUGAGAAUAUUGUUACAGAGAUGCAGAUUUCUUGAUAAAUCUUUCUAGUCUUCCAUCA